AUGAGCUCCUCUCGGGCACCCAGAAUGGGGUGUGUGGGAGGGCACGGGCUGAUGGCAUUGCUGCUGGCCAGUCUCAUUCUACCAGGAACCUUGGCAAAGAGCAUUGGGACCAUCUCAGACCUCUGUAAGGACCCCACAAGGAUCACCUCUGCCAACAACCCUUGUCUCAUUGGAAAGGCUGGCUCCAACAGCGUCAGCAGCCAUGGUGGAUCCAGCAGCUCCCAGGGAAGUUCUUCGGGAUCUCUGAUUUUUAAGCCAGGAACAGGGUAUUCCCAGAGCCCCUAUUCCUCUGGGUCUGGCUCCUUCCAGUACGGAAGCAGCGGAUUUCAGUCCGGAAGCAGCGGAUCUCAGCAAGGAAGCAGUGGAUCUCAGCAAGGAAGCAGCGGAUCUCAGCAAGGAAGCAGUGGAUCUCACAGCAGCUCUCAGUCUGGAAGCUCAGGAAGCAGCACCAGGGAGGGACAAGGAAAUGGCUCUGCUCUGCCAACCGGUGACAACUCUUCCCGCCAGACCUCAGGCACCUUCCAGUCUGGAGGCUCCUACACUUCCCACAGCUCCGUGGUGUCUAGCAGCAUCUCCAACCAGCGGCCCUGUAGCUCCAACGUGCCCGACUCUCCCUGCAGUGGGGGUCCCGUCGUCACACACUCCGGGCCCUACAUCUCCAGUUCCCACACCGUCUCAGGCGGGCAGAGGCCCGUAGUGGUAGUGGUGGAGCAACACGGAUCUGGUGGCCCUGGAGGGUUUCAAGGCAUGCCCUGUAGCAACGGCGGCCCCUCGGGCAAGCCCUGUCCUCCCAUCACCUCUGUCCAGAAACCCUAUGGCGGCUACGAGGUGGUGGGUGGCUCUGCCAACAGUUAUCUGGCCCCAGGCAUGACCUACAGCGGGGGUAAAAUUUACCCCGUGGGCUACUUCACCAAGGACAACCCUGUCAAGGGCUCGCCAGGGGCCCCCUCCUUUGCGGCUGGGCCCCCAGUCUCGGAGGGCAAGUACUUCUCCAGCAAUCCCAUCAUCCCCAGCUACAGUUCUUCCAGUUCCAAUGCCUACCCAGCCUCGGGCAUCGUGUUCCAGCCCGUGGGCAGUGGUGGGGUCCAGCCCUGUGGUGUCGGUUCCAAGGGGCCUUGCUCUGGUUCGAGAAUUCAGAUCACUUCCAGCAGCUCCUCUACCUCCUUCCACCCCUGCAGCAGCGGUGCUUCCCAGGGGCCCUGCUCCCCACCAGGCACGGGCUCCGUCGGUGGGGGAAGCUCCUCCCUCUCCACCGGCAAAAUUGUCCUCCAGCCCUGCGGCCCCAAGUCUAGCUCUUCCGGGCCCUGCCUUUCCGUUUCCUCCUCCACACUGAACGGAGGUCUGAAUGGCUCUCCUCAGUCUGUCCCCACCGUGGUGGUCAAGCCUUGUGGCCUCAACAGCCCUGGAAGGGUGCCCUGCCGUUCCAUCCGGGACAUUCUGGCUCAGGUGAAGCCUCUGGGGCCCCAGUUAGCAGAUCCAGAAGUUUUCCUGCCACAGGGAGAGCCACUUGACAAGCCUUAA